AGCGCACCGCAGCAACCUACGGGGCCGAGUUCACUUUACAACAGCAGAAAUCAAGGACAUCUCAUUAAGAGGAAAAUAAGCACGAGCACCUCUUUGGUAGGAUAUAUUUCAAAUCAACUAAGACUAAACAAGGAUGGAGACCAACGUUAGCUGCUGCCUUUUUUGCCAAUUUUUUUUGUGGAUGUGGCUCUUCCUAACUUCAACCAUGGGCAUGACCAGAGCAGAGACAAGGUGCAUUCCAUCUUGCAAACAACCCGACAACAAUUCGGCUCAGUCGAAACACUGGGCUGGGAUGGGUCUGUUUGAAGAGACUGCAAAGGAGGGUCUAAUGAACGAGAGUGACCACAGCGACAAUAUUGCGGAAUAUAUCGACAGCGUAUAUGAAAGAAAUACGAGAUCAGUGACGGAAUUUCCAUCCGAUCAGCGAAAUACUUCAAAUAAAACCGAUGAAAGAGAUAACGACCAGAAGGAGAAACUUUCUAGUUCCGAAGUACUCAAUCAAUCUGAACAUUUAUCACGCCCGAAAAUGCCGCAUUUGAAUGCCAGUAAAGUUAGUGAUCAGUACAGCAGUUAUACAAAACAUAAUAGUUUAGGAGGAGCUAAGAUAAUUCAAUAUGCUGUAUUACCACAAAGCAAGGUUGCGACGAGUUUCAGAAGUCGUAGGAGGCGAAGAAAACGCAGCACGCAGACACCAGAGAGCAGAGCAACUUGGUCCGGAUUUCGUUGGAACGCCGAGGAUGAUGCUUUAUCGUCGGGAAAACACGAGUUGAAACUAACAAGUUCGACAUUCGCACUUACUGGGGAUUCAGCUCACAACCAAGCCAUGGUGCACUGGUCAGGUCAAAAUAGCAGCGUGAUCCUUAUGCUGACAAAGUACUUUGACUUCAGCACUGGCAGUGUAACAGAGAGUUCUCUAUGGAGGUCAACAGACUAUGGAACAACAUAUGAGAAACUUAAUGAAAAGGUUGGACCGAAAACAAUCCUAAGCUACCUGUAUGUGAGUCCCAAUAAUAAAAGGAAGAUCAUGUUACUGACCGACCCAGAGGUAGAGAGCAGCUUGCUCAUUAGCCUGGAUGAGGGGGCAUCCUAUCAGAAGUACCACUUAGCCUUCGACGUUCUCAGCCUCCUCUUCCACCCAGAGCAGGAGGACUGGAUCCUGGCUUACAGCCACGACCGAAAGCUUUAUGUCUCAGUGGAGUUUGGGAGAAGAUGGCAGCUGGUGCAUGAGAAUGUGGUUCCCAACAGAUUCUAUUGGUCCAAACUGGGUUUAGACAAAGAACCAGGCAUGAUCCACCUGGAGACCACUGUGUCUGACGGACGCUCACAGUAUAUCAUGUGUAAGCUGCAGAACUGCUCCGAGGCAAACAAAAGCAAGCCUUUCCCUGGGUUUCUCAUCCCAGACUCCCUGGUGGUUCAGGAUGAGUAUGUUUUCAUCCAGGUGCCUAUCAGUGGCCAAUCAGUCCAUUACGUGUCAUACAAAAGAAAUGCUUUCUAUCCGGUGAAACUCCCCAAGUACACUUUACCAAAGGACUUGCAGAUCAUCAGCACAGAUGACAACCAAGUUGUGGCAGCAGUGCAGGACUGGCACCAGAAUGACUCAUACAAUUUGUACAUGUCAGACGCCAAGGGCCUCUUCUUCACUCUGGCCCUGGAGGACGUGGUGAGCAGUGGAGGACCAGAGGACAACGUCAUGAUCGAUCUCUAUGAGGUGGCGGGGAUUAAAGGGAUAUUCCUGUCAAACAAAGUGAUUGAAAACCAAGUGAGAACGUACAUCACAUACAACAAGGGACGAGACUGGCACCUUCUACAGGCUCCCACCACUGAUCUCCGUGGUAACCCAGUGGAUUGUGUACAGCCUUACUGUUCCUUGCACCUGCAUCUCCACGUCUCGGAGAACCCCUACACGUCCGGAAACAUAGUGAGCAAGGAGUCAGCGCCAGGAGUUAUUGUAGCAUCAGGUACAAUUGGACCUGAGCUGACGUCCAAUAAUGUCAGCAUCUACAUCACAUCAGAUGGUGGGAACACAUGGAGAGAGGUGUUUGAGGAGGAGUACAGUGUUCUCUUUCUCAACCAGGGAGGGGCACUCGUGGCCAUUCGACACACUCCUCUCCCUGUCAGGCACAUCUGGCUUAGUUUUGAUGAGGGGAGGGAAUGGAACCGAUACAGCUUCACCUCCUCGCCCCUGUACGUGGAUGGCGUGUUGGGAGAGCCAGGAGAGGACUCGCUUAUUAUGACAAUAUUUGGCCAUUUCAGCCAUCGUUCUGAGUGGCAGCUGGUCAAAAUUGACUUCAGGUCCAUCUUUAUUAGAAGAUGUACCAGUGAGGACUACCAGACAUGGCAGUUACAUAACGAGGGUGAAGUGUGCAUAAUGGGGGAGAAGAGAAUCUUCCAGAGUCUGAAGGCCAAUGCCAGAUGUGUCAAAACCAGAGAUCAGUACAUCUCCCAAAUGUCAGACUCCUGCCCGUGCACCGAGGCUGACUUUGAGUGUGACUACGGGUUUGAACGGCAGACUGAUGGUGGGUGUAGACCAGCCUUCUGGUUCGUUCCGUCCUCUGUGUCUAGAGACUGUAUCAAUGGAGACAGUUUCCUCAAUACCACUGGAUACCGUAGGGCUGUUUCAAAUAACUGCACAGAGGGCAGUCUGGGUCAGUACAGUCCACGGAGGCAGCGAUGUCCCAGCCAAGCCCCCAGAGGCCUCCAGCUGGUCACCAGCGAUGGGACCUUCACUGCCACUAUGGGCACCAACAUCACCUUCCUUGUUCUCCUGGAACAGGGAGAUGGCUCCGCCACCAGUAUAACUUUGGACUUUGGAGAUGGUACUGCCAUUUCCUACACUAACAUCAGCUCCAUAGAGGACGGGAUCAAACACAUCUACAGUAAAGUAGGAAUCUACCUAGUGUCAGCUGCAGCCCUCAACUCUCUUGGCUCAGACAGAGUACUGCUCUACCUGCAUGUCACAUGUCGACUCGAACAAGUGCGUCUCUCGGCUCCCUCUGUGGUGGUCAAGAACAAGGCAGUGAACCUCACCACAGUCUUGAUGCCCAGCCAGGUUGGAACUGUCAUCUACUACUGGUGGUUCGAUAACAACACUGAGCCGGUAACAACACUAGUAGGAGGGGUGUCCUUCACCUUCACCCAGGAGGGAACUCAUAGCAUCACAGUGCAGGUGUCUGUUGGCAGCACUCUCCUCCAGGACAGAAGAACUGUGGCUGUUUAUGAACAUUUCCAGUCUCAUGUCCUAGCUUUCUCCUCUAAUGUGGAUGAGCUCAACCCAGGCGUGGCAGAGUGGAGACAGGACAUCAGCCGAGUGGUCAAGAACACCAUGGUCCAAGUCACAGGUAUUCGAGGGGAGCAACUCCUGGUGUCUGUUUUCCCAGGUUUGCCUACAACAGCAGAGUUUUUCAUCAUCCCCGAAAAGAGGUCAACGGUGGGCACACUGGAAGGGAAAGGGACACACUUAGACCAGCUCUCUGAAGUCCUGCUAAGUGCUCUGAACCAGGACCUCAUCCGGUUCACUCUGAGACCAGGGGUUCAGGUCAACGUGUAUGCCACUCGCCUAUCUCCAGCCCCUCUCGUGGACACCAGUGACAGCAGCCACAACGGAGCCGCAGUCAUCAUGCUGGUGUCUGUCGCAUUACUGGGCUUGGCGGUCUUCGGAAUAUAUAAGUUCAAAAGAAAGAUCCCAGGCAUCCCUACGUACACGGAGGAGCAGUCUGAGAAGGACCAGGAGGUCAUCCCCACCGUGACCUCCAUAGCGGUUCCCAACCCUGAGGGAGAAAUGGGGGUGACCCCGAUGGAGCACGCGGACAUCCAGGCAGAGCCACAAGGCAGAGGCUACCUGCCAUCUCACCCAGACAUCAAGCUCUCUGAUGAAGCGCCCCAUGUGUUUUAAUGUUGGGAGUCUUCGGCCGAGUCGUAAGCAAUACAUCUUCUUUGGCAGUUUCUUCCAGCGAGCUAUGAAACCAUGGACUCAAUGAAUGGUCUCGAGUGUUUUUCUACCCAUGCAUGGACAGACCAGUUCACACUGUGCUGCCCGGACUCUCCCAAGGAGACUAGACGUAUUUUUACCUGUUCCUGGAAA